AUGCAGCCAGUGUUGGUGACAGCCAUCCUUUCCCUCCUUCUUUGUCUUCAGUCGUGCUCGGCAGCAGCUUUGAUUAAGAGAGGAGACCAAGACUCGAAUGGCAUCGACUUGCGCCUUCGCCUCGGCCCACCCUCGCCUUCACGUCUGUUCUCGCAAGGCUCGACAUCGUCUCCAUUCAAUUCGCCUCCUGCUACCCCGCCUCUGCAAGUUGAAAGCGCGCCAGGUCCUCACUUGCCUGCUCAGCUCUGGGCGGGUCCUUACCAGCAAGCUGACGCAAACGCUCUUCGGCCGACCGCCCGCACAGCCAAAUACCGGAACACCGGUAUUGUUGCAACUAUUCAGAACGCCGUACGAGACGGUACGUUCCGUCGUGAACCAGCAUAUCAAGUUCUGUCUGCCUUGGGGCAAGCGGGUGCCUCGACGAGUGCCGAUGCGCCAGUUCUUGCCGCACAGGAUUUGCAUCAACCGAUAACAUUGAGCGGCAAAGCUGUUCAAGAGGCCAACGCUCCUACGAGGCAGGAUAGCGCGGCAGCACCGCCUGUCUUGGACACAAUGGCAGUGCAGCAAACAAACGAUGCGGUGCGACAAGCUUUGGCACCGCGUCCAGCGGUAGCCAAGCCCAAGAAGCCCAAGAGCAAGACCAGAUGGACGCUGUUCACUCCCGAAGGCCAACUUUCCGUUAACGGGAACCCUCAUGUCUCAGCCAAGGACAAUUUCGAAACCCAAACCACACCGACGGCCGACGAACCAGGUCGCAUGCAAGCACUCGGGCACGUAAACGACUAUAGCAGCAGCUACCUCACUCGCCAAUAUCCGCUGGUCAUCUCGGACAGUCAGUUCUUCCCGACCGAGGCGAUCUAUCUGCAGCAGCGUAUCGACCACGUGACCCGCACCAUCUCGUCGGUGCUGAACGGCAACUUUGACGUCUUGUCGCAAGCCGAUCGAGACGUGCUGCACACACCUGUCAAGAACUGGCAGAACGUCGUAAGGGGCAUGCAACCUGCCCACAGUGGUGCGCCUAUGCCUGCUUCGCCUCUUCUCGUCGAAGCUGCUCGGCAAGAUACAAUUUUGUUGUUUCGUCUUGAAGCCAUGCUGCAGAGGUUCGCAGAGAGACUCUAG